UUACGGAAUACCAGCGACGUCGAAGAAAAUCUUCAGGCUACUUGUAUCGUUUGGGCAAUUUCUUAUUGUUACUUUUCCUGAGUGCUACCAUACUUUCUCUUAGUGGUACUUUUUCCAAGUGGAGACUACUUGGUGGAGCAUUCAUAUCGAAAUCUUAUCUUGCUGGGCAUAUAAUCUUCAAUCUUCCAUUCUUUCACAGAAAACAAAAACAAAAGAAAGAACAAAUAGACUUUAUGAUGCAUUCUUGUAGCCAAAGGAGGAGGAUGAUACGGAGCUUGUGUUUAAUCUUCUCUCUUUGUAACUCCGUACUUGUUUUUGCUUCUCACGCUAAGCACUUGUGCCGUCCAGACCAGAAAGAGGCUCUGUGGGAGUUCAAGAGCGAGUUCUACGUCCACGGGUUCCACUCUGAUGGUACGCCAGUUGAUAAGAAGACAGAGAGAUGGAAGAAAAACAUUGAUUGCUGUUCUUGGGAUGGUAUCUCGUGUGAUCCUAAGACGGGUAAAGUCGUUGAGUUAGACCUCACGGACAGUUUUCUCAACGGCCCUCUGAGAUCUAAUAGUAGCCUCUUCAGACUACAACAUCUUCAUAUUCUGAAUCUUGGCUCAAAUAAUCUUUCAGGUAUUCUCCCUGAUUCCAUCAGCAACCUCAAAUAUUUGAGGGGUUUAAGUCUUAGUGGUUGCAGUUUCUAUGGACAGAUUCCUUCUUCACUCGGAAAUCUUUCUUUUCUCACCAAUCUUGAUCUUUCUCAUAAUGAUUUCAUCGGUGAACUACCUGAUUCAAUGGGUAACCUAAAGCAGCUAACAGAUCUGGGACUUGACCAUAACAAGAUCAGUGGAGACUUUCCCCACGUGCUACUCAAUAUGAGCGAGCUCACUCAGAUCGACAUUGGCUCUAACCAGUUCGAAGGUAUGCUCCCAGAUAACAUGAGUAGUCUCUCCAAACUGGUCUAUUUUGAUAUAAAUGAAAAUUCAUUUUAUGGAUCUAUUCCGCCAUCUCUCUUCAUGAUCCCUUCAUUGAUUCAACUUUACAUGGGAAGAAACAGCUUCAGUGGUCCUCUUGAGAUUGGGAAUAUCUCUUCACUAUCUACGCUUGGUUUUUUAGCACUUGGAGAAAACAAUUUCAAUGGACCAAUCCCAAGAUUUAUAUCAAAGCUAGUUGGCCUCUGGUAUCUUGACCUCGCAUUAUGGAACACGGAGAAGGGAAAGGUUGAUUUCAGCAUCUUCUUGCACCUCAAGUCACUUACGUUCCUUGACCUCUCUUAUAUAAAUACAAGAAGCAGAGUUGACUUGAGUCUUUUCUCAGAUCUCAUGUCACUUGGUUAUCUGGAUCUUUCAGGGAUUAAUUUGAAGGUCAGUCCAACUCUCCACCUUCUCUCACCCAUAGAAAUAUUGACUUUAUCAUCUUGCAACAUUGCUGAGUUCCCCAAAUUUCUAGAAACGCAAACGAGUUUGUCAUAUUUAGACAUUUCUGCCAAUCAAAUCAAAGGUCAAGUACCAAAGUGGUUAUGGAGACUCCCGCUGCUGAGGUAUGUAAACAUUUCUCAGAAUUCAUUCACUGGUUUUGAAGAAUCAGCGGGUAUAAUUCAACGAAGUGAAAUACUACUUCUUGAUAUAAGUUCAAACACAUUCCAAGAUCCUUUUCCUUUGUUACCAAACUCUACAAAGUUCUUUUUAGGCUCCAACAAUCAGUUUUCAGGAGAGAUCCCUAAGACAAUAUGCAAGUUGGCUUCUCUUGAUACACUUGUUUUAUCUGAUAACAACUUCAGUGGUUCCAUUCCCCGGUGUUUUGAGAAUUUCAGUACCAAGCUUUCAGUCAUGCAUCUUCGGAACAACAGUCUAUCUGGUACUUUUCCGGAGGAAUCUAUCGGUGAUCACUUGAAAUCACUUGAUCUUGGUGGUAACCGCUUAUCAGGAGUACUUCCCAAGUCUCUGAUCAACUGCACCCGCCUCGAGUUUCUGAAUGUGGAAAACAACAUGAUUAAUGACACGUUUCCAUUCUGGUUGAGACUUCUUACCAACCUACAAGUUCUUGUCCUUCGUUCUAACGAGUUCCAUGGGCCCAUUUAA